AUGGCUGAUUACAACCAGUUCCACGCCCUGGGUCACGGCGAGCAGUACGAUCCCAACGAUCCGAAUAAAACGACCGCCCCGGCUGCCCAGCAAUUUAUGCCUCCCGUGGCCCCGAACCCCUACCAGCAACAACAGCAAUAUGGUGCUCCUCCGUAUCACGGAGGGCAGGCACCUCCCAUGAGCGGUCUUCCGUCUCCAGGUUUCCAAGGCGGUGCUCCCCCGCCCCAGCAAGACGCAUUGGCUGCCCAAAUGGGCGGUAUGAGCCUCGGCGGUGAUGUCCAAGGUACUGUGCGCAGGAAGAAGAAGGAUCGCCACGCCUACCACACUGUCGAGCCAACAGGCUCAUCGCAAGCCUUCAAUGGCAUGCCAACCGCCGGUGUGGGUGCCAGCCAAUUUCUCAACAACUCCGGGAGCCCCUCUAUUCCUGCCUUUGGCAACCAGUUUGACAGCCAAGGCGCGCCUCACACACAAUACGGCGCCCCAGCUGCGUCACCUCUUGGCGGUCCUAUCAAUCCUAUUACAGGAAGCACUUCUGGAGAUGCUGCCGCUUCUGUCCCGGCCUCUGGCCAGGGCAAAGUUUCCGCCGACGACCUUCCUAGUGUACCCGCUGCUCGUGAUGCUAUUCAGCAGUACUUUCUCAACAACAUCUAUCCAACCUUUGAGAAGCACGUUCCGCCGCCUGCUUCGGUUUCAUUCGUUGCCCACGACCAAGGCAACUCCUCGCCCAAAUAUGCUCGAUUGACAAUGAACAAUGUGCCCGCUACCCCCGACGGCCUGCAAGCCACUGGCAUCCCCCUCGGUCUACUCCUACAACCUCUCGCUCCUCUUCAAGCUGGCGAGGCCGAGAUUCCUGUCCUGGAUUUUGGAGAGGCAGGACCUCCCCGUUGUCGCAGAUGCCGGGCCUACAUCAACCCAUUGAUGAUGUUCCGAUCCGGAGGCAACAAAUUCGUCUGCAAUCUCUGCACAUAUCCAAAUGACACUCCUCCCGAAUACUUCUGCGCCACUAGUCCGCAAGGCGUGCGUGUUGACCGUGAUCAGCGGCCCGAGCUUCACCGCGGAACAGUCGAAUUCGUGGUCCCAAAGGAAUACUGGACCAGACCGCCCGUUGGUCUGCGCUUCCUCUUUCUCAUCGACGUCACACAAGAGUCUUUCAACAAGGGCUUCCUAGAAAGCUUCUGUGACGGAAUACAGGCUGCCCUUUACGGUGGUGAGAUUGGCGAAGACGGUGAGCCCAAGAGACGGAUACCCGAAGGAGCCAAGGUCGGCUUCGUCACCUACGAUCAAGACAUUCACUUUUACAACAUCAACCCUGGUCUCGAUCAAGCGCAUAUGCUGAUUAUGCCCGACCUCGAGGAUCCCUUCCUUCCGCUUGGUGAAGGCCUGUUCGUUGACCCCUAUGAGUGCAAGUCAACCAUCACCUCGCUUCUCAAUCGCCUACCCGAAAUGUUUUCAACUGUCAAAAAUCCAGAGCCCGCUAUGCUCGCAGCCCUCAGCUCCGGUUUGGCCGCUCUGGAAGCCACAGGUGGCAAGGUCAUAUGCUCGUGUGCUGCCUUGCCUACUUGGGGACCCGGCAGACUGUUUUUGCGCGAUGAUGGAAGUCAUCCUGGUGGUGAGUCCGACAAGAAGCUCUAUACUACCGAGCAUCCCGGCUGGAAGAAGGUAUCCGAGAAGAUGGCUGCCAGCGGCGUUGGUGUCGAUUUCUUCCUGGCCGCUCCUUCCGGCGGAUACCUUGACAUUGGGACGAUAGGACAUGUCGCUGCUACCACCGGUGGUGAAACGUUUUACUACCCCAACUUUAUCGCGCCUCGCGAUAGCCCUAGGCUGUCCACGGAAAUUGCACACGCCGUUACGCGCGAGACUGGUUUCCAGGCGCUGAUGAAAGUUCGAUGCUCCAAUGGUCUGCAGAUUGCGGCCUACCACGGCAACUUUGUGCAGCACACCUUUGGUGCCGAUCUCGAGAUUGGUGUCAUUGAUGCAGACAAGGCGUUGGGCGUGUCUUUCUCCUACGAUGGCAAGCUCGACGCCAAGCUCGACGCUCAUUUCCAGUCGGCUCUCCUGUACACAACCGCUUCUGGACAGCGCAGAGUGCGAUGCUCAAACAUCAUUGCUAGUGUCAGUGACACAUCCAAGGAGGCUGGUGUGCGCGAACAAGGCAUUCGCGCGUGCAUGAAAUUUGUCGAUCAAGAUGCUGUCAUUGCUUUACUUGCCAAAGAAGCUAGCACCAAACUCUCUACGACCUCGAGCAGCCUCAAGGAUACCCGCAACUGGUUGACAGAGCGAACCAUUGACAUCAUGUCCUGCUACCGCAAACAUUCUGCGCAACAACACCCGCCCGGACAGCUAGUCAUGCCCGAACGACUUAAAGAAUUCUGCAUGUAUAUGCUCGGUUUGCUCAAGUGCAGAGCCUACAAGGGCGGUAUCGAGAACACCGACCGAAGAGUCUACGAGAUGCGCCUAGUCCGAUCUAUGGGUGCUCUUGAACUCAGUCUGUACUUAUACCCGCGCAUGAUUCCCCUGCACAACCUGAAUCCUGAAGAUGGCUUUGCCGAUGCCGAGACUGGUCACCUCAAGAUGCCGCCAUGCGUUCGCGCUUCAUUUUCUCGCGUUGAACCGGGCGGCGUCUACCUGGUUGACAAUGGACAGCAGUGCCUGAUUUGGUUCCACGCUCAGACGUCGCCAAACCUUAUCAGCGAUUUGUUCGGUGAGGGCAAAGACACCCUGAAGAGUUUGGACGCCUAUACGUCAUCUCUUCCCGUCCUGGACACACAUCUGAAUGCGCAGGCACGUAACAUUAUCGAGUUUCUCAAAACGCAGCGCGGCUCUAAAGGCAUGAACAUCCAACUUGCUAGACAAGGUAUCGACGGAGCCGAGUUUGAGUUUGCCCGCCUCCUCGUUGAGGAUCGCAACAAUGAGGCUCAGAGCUACGUGGACUGGCUUGUGCAUGUUCAUAAGGGGGUCCAGCUUGAGUUGAGCGGUCAAAGAAAACGUGAAACUGAGGCCGACAACGCGGCCAACAGCUUGACCAAUUUCGCUGGUCUUCGGCCAUCAUACUGGUAA